CCAAAACAUUCGUAAGACAUGAAGAGAAGAGUAAUUAUAAAAAAGAAAAAGGUCGCCGGCAAGCGAAAUUCGGUGGCAUUCGACCAACUGGAUUCCGGCCAGCCGAGAUACAGCUUCUCUGGUCGCGUGCAGGAGCUGAUCGAGGGCUACAAUUCGGCCGUGCAGCUGCUGGCGCCCAAGUGGCCCUGGUUCUUCUUUCCCGGAUAUCUCACAUACGCCGUCUACUGGCGCUAUGCCAAAUAUUACAAGGGCAAGUUGCUUCUGACCCCUAUUCCGAAUCGCCUCUACGAACUGCUGAUCAAAAACGAGCUAAUCAAGUCAGAGCACCUGGUGUUCGCCAGCCAGGACGUAUACGACAGCUAUGCGGAGUCGCCGGACGUUAACUUUGUCAACUUGGUUAUCCGUGGCAAUGGCAGGGGAAAGGGCAAUGAGACAACCGAUGGGAAGUCUGCGUCUCAAACGGUCAUUAAGCAAAUGCUUCAGGAGGCGCCGCACACCAUAGUGGCUCAGAUACUGCCGGUGGCCCAGUGUCAACCGAAUUGUCUGUAUGUGCAGGAAAACUUCUACGGCAAUAUCAUGGACCGCUUUCGCAUCCGCUCCAACUGCUGGGUGCAGUUAGACCACUUUGCCGACGAGCAGACCAUACCCGGCAUAGCGACCAAGGCGCAUGUAUACAUGCUGACCGAUCCGCACGAAUUGCCCACCGAACUGACUGAGCUCAUACUUAGCAACUACUUCAGCACCCCGAGGCUCCUGCAUCGCGGGCACACCUACCGGAUCGAGGUUAAUGCGGACCUGGUGGGCACAGCUUCCUAUGCGCACUACUACCUGAUCUUUGCGUACCUUCAUCACGUCCACUUCAAGUGCAUUCACUUGGAGACAAAGGGGAGCGAGUUCGAGCUGCAAGCUGUGGUGGCCAAGAGCUUCAGCAAUCUGGUUCAAGUGCCAUCUGCCCACAGCUUUCUGCCGCGACAAGUGUUGGACAACUUUGCCAUCGUUGAGAACUAUCCGAGCGGACUUCGGAGGCCUUAUCAACUGUUACGCUCCUCGGUGGACGCCUUCCUGCCCAAGAAGUCCGCUUGCCUGUCCUCCAAGCACAUUUUCCCCGUUUUCCUACUGCAGGGCGAACGGGGAUCCGGGAAAACGAAGAUCAUCAAUGCCGUGGCCCAGGAGCUGGGCAUGCAUAUGUAUGGGGCGGACUGUGCAGAGAUAGUCUCGCAGGUGCCCUCGCACACGGAGAUGAAGCUGAAGGCGGUCUUCGCCAAGAGCCAGGUUAGCGAGCCGCUCCUAAUUUGCUUUCACAACUUUGAGAUCUUUGGCAUUGACAACGAGGGCAAUGAGGACCUUCGUCUGCUGUCAGCCUUCCAUGUGCAGGUCCAGGAGCUCUUCGCCAAGGAUCGCAAGCACCCCGUGGUAGUUGUGGCCUUAACCAGCGACAAACACUUGAAGCCCAUGAUUCAGAGCCUCUUCCUGGAGAUCAUCAGCAUAGAGAUGCCCAGCAAGGAGGAGCGAUUCGAGAUCCUACGCUGGAUGCAUGUUCGGGAGACCUUCAACGAUGUAAUCCAUAACCAAAAGCUCAUCGACCGCCUGCCCUUGUUCUCGAGAGAAAACCAGGCUCAAUUUAUGUCCCGCGUCAGUCCCAGUUGGAGGGAUACCAUUGAUGUGCUCCAUGAGGUAGCUGCCAAAUCGCAGGGCUUUCUCCUGGGCGACCUGCAGCUGCUCUACGACAGUGCCGUUCGCCUGAGGAGCCGCCAACGGCACGGAAGGUGCACCCUGGAUCUUUCGCACUUCGCCAAGAACCUGAGCGACAUGCAGAGCUCUUUUGCGGACAGCUUGGGCGCGCCCAAAGUGCCGAAAGUGUACUGGUCGGAUAUCGGUGGUCUGGCCAAGCUGAAGGACGAGAUCCAGAGCAGCAUCGGGCUGCCGCUCAAGCAUGUUCACCUCAUGGGCAAGAACUUGAGGCGAUCGGGCAUCCUUCUCUAUGGCCCGCCGGGAACUGGUAAGACUUUGGUGGCCAAGGCCGUGGCCACUGAGUGCAACCUGAGUUUUCUCUCCGUCCAAGGGCCGGAGCUUCUCAACAUGUAUGUGGGGCAGAGCGAACAGAAUGUGCGCGAAGUCUUCUCCCGUGCCCGGUCGGCAGCGCCUUGUGUCCUCUUCCUGGACGAACUGGACUCGCUGGCUCCCAAUCGAGGUGUGGCCGGUGAUUCUGGAGGCGUUAUGGAUCGCGUAGUGUCGCAACUGCUGGCCGAGAUGGACGGCAUGAGCGAUGGCGACACCAGCAAGCCUAUCUUCAUCCUGGCAGCCACCAAUCGUCCGGAUCUGAUUGACCCCGCCCUUUUGCGACCCGGCCGCUUUGACAAGCUCUUCUACGUUGGUCCCUGCUCCACAGCCGAUGACAAGGCAGCCGUGCUGCGGGCCCAGACACAGCGCUUCGCCCUGGCUGCUGGCGUGAACAUGGACGAAAUUGCGGAGCGACUGAAGAGCGAAAUGAGCGGGGCAGAUCUGUACUCCAUCUGCUCCAAUGCCUGGCUCUCGGCCGUAAGACGCAUCAUAGACAAGCACUUGAGCGGGGCUAUAACGGACGCGGAACUGCAGCCGGAGAACGUUGUGGUGGAGUCGGAAGACUUCACCAGAUCGUUCAACAAAUUCGUGCCCUCGAUUAGCGCCAAGGAUCUGGAGUACUUCAACAACCUGAAGGCAACGUACAGCGUUUAGAGCGCCCACCAAUGGUUAACUAGUUCUAAGAUUCACAAUUGCCAGCGAGUUUUCACUCGAUUAAGGGGAAAACAUGCGUGAAAAAGGAAACCAGUGGCUGGAACUUCGGAAGUCAGUCUGUGGCGGUACGUGGAUCCCAUUAACCGUAAUCUUGCCGAAACAAAAGUGGGCGCUUAUCGCUUCGAACAGCUACCCCCCGUGUAGCGCUGGGAAACUGCGUCGUCUCUUUGGGAUGAUCUUUG